UUAGUUUUGUCCAGAACGGUGUUUUCAGAUACUGCAUUGAAAAGCAGCGCUCUGAUUCGCUACUGAUGAGCGUUAAAUAUCCACUUCACCCAUGUGACGAACCAAUGACGGUGCUGCUUUUCCGACUGGCCGCGCUAGGCUUCGGAAAAGCGAUGCGCUGAUAGGCUAUCGACGAAAAUGAAAAAUUGUAAUAUAAGUAUUUAAAUACGUGAUUGAUUCAACAAGUAUGUGAUUUUAUAUGUCACGCGCCCAGAGGUUUCUGAUUGAAGUCUGUUUACAAAACAUUAGGUUUUAGGCUAUGAUUUGACCUUUUCGAUGGAAUGAAUGAAAAAAGCGAUCGAAUAGGUUUAAGAUAACGAAAGGCUAGGACUGCCGUACGAUCGAAAAGUAAGUGAAUCUAAAAAAAUAAAGAAUGAGGUUAAUUUGCACUGUCAAAGUAGAUGCGAGUCGCAUGUGUCCUGGAGCCAUCCGGACCGGCAUACAACGGCCGCGUGCUUCUACUUUGUCCUUCGGACGGCGGCCAAACCACAAGGACGAAAUAUGCCUGCUCCUGCAGUCCGCUCAGGACACAAAGGGGAUGAGGUAUAAUGUGGUUGGCAACAUAGUGCAUAUAUUCACAAAAUUUAUCAACGAAGGAAAAUGCACAAUACGUUUAAAAGAGCCGGCUCAUGACUUGAUAAUUCAAGCGGACGCGCUUCUACUGAAGAGCUUUCUGCGUGUCAUCAAACUGGCCUUUGUCAAGAAUUCCUUUGAGCCAGUGCUCAAAGUGCCAGUCCUGAACGAGAAGUACUUUCGGCCUAAGGUCCAGACCAAAUGCUUUGUUACGACAAAUGCAGAAUACCCGACACUCCAGGGUUUUCCUCGUACCACUCAGCAUCUCUCUAUUGUUGAUCUUCAGAAAAAAUCUUUCGAUCGUCAGAUCCUUCGACUCAACCAGCUCCGCUCCUUAGACUUAUCUAAGAACUGCAUACGUAGCCUGCCUGUGGAGCUUGGCUCCCUUCCUAACCUUGCAGAGCUUUGCCUUGCUGAAAAUCAGCUUGGAAAAUCACCUCCCAAGUCAUGGGCAUGGUUGAACGGACAUGCGAUAAAAAAAAAUUUGAUCACCUUGGACCUUGGAAGAAAUGAGCUCAGAUGGAUACCGCCAUAUAUUGGGAAAUUAAUUGCUCUACGGACACUGAGCCUCAAUCAUAACCUGCUUUCAUCACUACCAUUCAAUAUUGGCUUUUUGUCUAGUUUAAGAUUCUUCAGUCUCCAGGAAAAUUUACUUGACAUGCUCCCUGGAAGCGUGCAACGAUUACAUUUAGAAACUAUCGACGUUUCUGGAAAUACCUUUAACCCGCAAGGAUUCGAGGGAUGUAAAAUUGAUCCGUAUAAAUUAGAUGUACCUGACCUCGUCGAAAUCGCGGCUAAGGCUGUUCUCAGAUCAAGACUGAGGUAUGGCCCCGAGACAAUACCCCGAGGACUUGUUAAAUAUCUCGACGAAGCCCUUUACUGCGAAUGUGGCGAGGCAUGCUUCAAUUAUCAUCUUCGCUCCAUUAUAAUGUUCGACCUUCGCGCAAUUGCCGAAAAAUGCGUGUUGUCAAUGGAUCCUCGCAUUCCAUUGCGAUGCAUUUUCUGCUCCGAACGUUGCAGGUAUAGACGGCUUUGACCGAAGAUUAGCUGUAUGUGUCUGUCUUGUUGACAAGAUGACCUGGACUGGAGUCGUUCCGCCACCCUCUUCGUGUGUUCAUUUACUCUGGUGAAUUCACCACGAACUGUCGAUAAAUUUCUUACCGUAUUGUUUUGUAAGAUUUUUUGUCGCAACUAAAGUUUGAUGUUGCGAG